GUCGGCAAAGCAGCUUUUGCCUACAGCACGAAUUAUGCAAUGAGACAAGUCGCCAACUACAUUAAACAAGAUUCUACAGUUCGUAAAAUCGAUACUAGUGAACUUGAGCAUGCUCGUGAGAGUCUGGAUAUAAGUAUCAAGAUUGUUCAGCCAGCCAUUGAUCUUAUCGAGAUUAUAAGUCAACGCGGCAAUACAUCUCUCGAACCGGCAGUAGAAAGAACCUUACAGCUGCGUAAAGAGAUCGAUGCGUUCGCUCAUAAGAUAACUUCAACGGCCGAGUCAGAUGAUACAGCCAAAAUGCGUAAAUUUGACCAUACGGCAAUGAUAAAGGACAUGCAAGCAUUGACCAACAAGAUAGAGAAAUUCGUACCAUACUUGAACCUCGUCCUGGCGACAAGUGGAACUAAUCUUGGCUGGUCCCUUCCCAAUUCUGUUAGUCCAUCACGAUUAAUGCAAGCAUCCUCUCUAUUGAAUGACACGCAUCACGAAUUCAUCAAGUUUACUGAGCCAUCUAUUCGUGUUGGCUCUCCUUUCAAAGUGAAGCUAUAUUAUCUAUUUGCGGGCAACGUUCGCCCUAAAUCGGUUGGCGAUUUUACCUGGAAAGAGGAAUUUACAAAGUGUGAUGCCGAAGUCAUUCGAAUACGAAAUAAUAAUCACGGUAAUGAAGAAGGAGAGUUCUGUUACGAGUUAAUAUUGACAGAAGAUCUUAAUGACGGUCGAUAUCACGAGGAGUUUGAUAUGGGCGAUAGAAAGAAACAGAAAGAAACUAUUGCUAAACUAGGCAAGAGUAAUGUAAUUAUCCCCGGAAAAGUGAAAAGGAUUACUGUCAGAAACAUAUCAAGAUUAUAUUACAAUUCUUCAGGAUCAUUAUUAAAUAUAGAAGAGAGUAAAUCGCCCGUAUUGGUGAUCACUGUAAUCAAAGGAGCACCAACUAAUAGACACGAAAAAUUAUCGAGCGGAGUAACAGACAAUCCAUUUUAUGUUCCUCCUCCGGCUACUGCUCCUGCUACGCCAGAUACGAGAACUAGGAAUUCAUAUGAUACUGGGAAUACAGACUAUUAUGGAAUUGAAUUGUUCCAGGAAGCAAUCGUCGGAGAAGAGGACAUAGAAGAAAGGGAGGAUGCUAAUGAAAUAGAUAGCGAUAGAGAUGACGCAGAGUCUUUUCCGUGUAGUCCUACACCAAAGACACAGACGCCAAGUACACCUUUGCGUGAUCCAUCUUUGAUUAAUAGAAGCUAUUCUACGCCACCAGCGAAAACUCUGACGGAAGUAGGGAGUCUUAACACUCCUUCAAGAAUACCAUUACCUCAGAGUGAUGAUGACAUAGCGAGUGACGAGAGUACGAUAGAGGACGAUCUGACUGAAACAGGUGGUGUAGAAGACCCAACGGCAACCGAAGCUGAGCAUGUUACUUUAGAAUCAUCUCCCGAACGGGUUAUACCUAGUGGUCAAAUACAAGAUGACAGUGUCGCAGAUAGUAUUGAUAAUAAUGAUGAUAAUAAGGGGAUGAGUGAUACGUUGAAUGAUUUUGAAGCAUAUCGUUCUAAUCUUAAGACACUUAGUCUUUUCGAAUACAUUCUUCGAUUAAGUGCUCUCGAGAUGUCUGAGCAAAAACAGCAUCUUGAGAUAAGUGAUGAGAAAAUUAAUCUUUUCAUUAAAGACGAUGAUGGAACAUCCACUUCAACAUCCACUUCUACAGUCCUGGAAAAAAUCAAUGGCGGUUAG